AUGAGUGAGUUCGAGAUGACUUGCUUGGGAAAAAUGAAAUACUUUCUUGGGGUUGAAGUGCAUCAAGAGAAGAAGGGUAUUAGUGUCUUUCAACAAAAGUAUGUUAGAGAGGUAUUGAACCGGUUCAACAUGUGGGACUGCAAUGGUGUGAAAAACCCGAUCAUACCAGGAACAAAUGUGACCAAAGAAGGAGUGGGAAGAAAGGUAAAUGAAACUGAAUAUAAAAGCUUAGUUGGGAGUUUAAUGUAUCUCACUGUUACAAGACCAGAUUUAAUGUACUCGGUCAGUUUCAUAUCCAGAUUUAUGUUGGACCCACAUGAAGAACAUCUGCUACUAGCUAAAAGGGUGCUGAGGUAUGUAAAAGAAACCUAUAAUUUUGGACUGUUUUACAGAAGUUCAAAGGGAGGAGGAUUGCAGGUUUUCACUGAUAGUGAUUAUGCAAGAGACAUUGAAGAUAGAAAAUGUACAUCAGGCUAUGUUUGUAUUCUAAGUGAUGCAGCGAUUUGUUGGAGUUCUAAGAAGCAAUAUAUAGUUACUCUUUCAUCGACAGAGGCCAAGUAUGUAGCGGCUACAACAUGUGCAUGUCAUCGUGUGUGGUUAAAAGGGCUGUUGGAAGAAAUCAAUGGAGAACUGUUGGGAACUAUUGUCAUUCAAUGUGACAAUAGCUCAACCAUCAAACUCUCUAAGAAUCCUGUGAUGCAUAGAAGUAGCAAACAUAUUGACGUACGCUUCCACUAG